AGAAUUAGUUGUUUUUCUAUGAUUCAUAAUCGGAUGCAAUUAAAAAGAAGAGAAGUAAAAGCAACAAAUUUUAUCGGAUAUGGAAAAAACUAUGACACUGAUUUAUUCCCAUAUGUUGUAAUGAUACUAAUUAAGCCUAAAGGAUCAGAAGAACCUUGGUCUUGUACUGGUUCCUUGUUGAAACCUACGUUCGUAUUAACAGCAGCACAUUGCUCAAAUAAAGUGACUGCUGAAUGUUUAUCCAUUACUGUUGGUUAUUACUAUGGAAAAGAGAGUAAAAAAGUAACAAAAAUUCAUCAGCAUACUGGUUACAGAGCAGGUGAGGACCCUAAAGACGACAUUUGCGUAUUAGAGCUUGAAUCGCCUUUUAGCAAUGUUGAUACAUUUGUAGAAAUAGGAGGGAAUCCCGAGGAAUUUAAAAAUGGAGCUACUGUUAAAUGUACAGCUAUUGGCUUUGGAUCAACGGAAAAUGAUGGAGAAGAAGAUGAACAUGGCAGACAAAUUGAUACACAAGUUAAACACGGACCAACUGCAUGUAAAUACAAAGAGUCAGGAUGGGAAUUCUUAUUAUGUGGAGUAAUGGACAAAAAACAAACAUGUUUGGGUGAUAGUGGUGGGCCAUUAAUCUGUAAUAGAAAAAUAUAUGGUAUAGCAAAAGAUGGCUACAAUACUGUGGACACACAAAAUCCGAUGAAAUGUGGUGAUCCACAAGUUCAGUUUAGGCACACGUUUUUAUACAAAUAUAAGGAUUGGGUUUUUAAUAUUAUUGAUCCGAAUGGCAGUAUAGGAGACAGUAAGAAUGAAGAAGAAGAUAGUGAUGGUGAUAGUGAGAAUGAGGAUGGUGCAGGCGACGAUGGAGGAGACGGUGGAGAUGACAACGAUGGAGGAGACGGUGGAGAUGACAACGAUGGAGGAGACGGUGACGAUGACAGUGAUGGAGAAGACGAUAAAAAAGAUAAUUAUAUAGGGGACAACAAUGAAGGAGAAGAAUUAGACGAAGAAGAAAAUAAUGACAAUUAUUCUGGAUCUUCCACAGUAAACAGACGUUAUUUCAUUUUCAAACUAUUAAUGUCUGCAAUUGUAUACAUUAAAAAUUUAUGA